AUCCGACAAGAGGGGUGGGGUCCAAGCUCCGCAGCUGGAAAGCCUGCUGGACCAGGAUGGGGAGAUUUGGAAGCUGUCCCACUCCACGGAUCGCCCUUUACUGCUCGCUUUGGAGGAUGGAGGUGCCCAGUCCUACGAGGCAUACCACUCUCGUCGCUGGCAGGGUCCAAGAGUUAGAGUCCCUGGGUUCUGGCCCCUCCGCUUGCAUGGACUUCGCGUGAUCUAGGCCCCCUUUUUUAUCUGAGCCUCAGUUUCCCUGUUCGUAAAAUAGAGGAGGGUUGGAUCUGCUGAGCGCUAAUAUUCCAGACUGUAAUGGGAUGCGGAGGAGGGGGAGAUGGAGCCACACGUGACCUCCCCGCGCGGGGCCCCGCCUAUCCCUGGUCCAGGGGAUGGAAGCGCCCAGCGAGGACGGGCGGAGGUGGGCGGAUCCUAAGAAACCCUACCCGGCCGCCUUUGGCAGCGGCUAAGGCGGAGCGCGCGGCUCCGCAGCCGGCUAGCCCUGGCGACGGCACCGGAGGAGGAUGGGGACCACAACCCGAGAUUCGCAGGUGGCCACCGUGGAGGGGAGGGCCGCCCAGAGACUCAGCUUGUGACUACGAGCGCACCUGGGGAGGAUGGACGAGGGGACGGGAGACAGCUAAUGGGGCUGCCUCUCCGCCCCCGGUCCGCAGAAGCGCACGUCGUGGGUCCCGAGCGGCUCUGUCGACCGCAGCGGUAGCGUCAAGCUCGUCUCGGGCUAUGAGGAGUGCGUGAGCCGCCCGACCCGAGGACGCCGUCGGAGCUGGCUGCUUCCUGCUGCGCUGAGGGCGUGAAGCUAAGAGGGGUGCAGGCGUCCGGGCUGCGCGGGAGAGUGGCGACAUGGCAAAGGAGGAGUGCAAGGCGCUCCUGGAUGCGCUCAACAAGGCGACCGCAUGCUACCACCACCUGGUGCUGACCAUCGGCGGCUCCGCGGACUCGCAGAACCUGCGAGAGGAGCUGCAGAAGACGCGCCAGAAGGCGCAGGAGCUGGCGGUGGCCAUCCGUGCCCGGCUGACGCCCCCGCUGCGCGACCGGGGCCUGGGCGCCGAGGAGCGCGCUGAGUUCGAGCGCCUCUGGGUGGCCUUUUCCGGCUGCCUGGAACUGCUGGAAGCCGACAUGCGGCGCGCGCUGGCCCUGGGCACGGAGUUCCCGCUGCACGCGCCCAGGCGGCCACUUGUGCGCACGGGCGUGGAAGGCGGCGCUUCGGGCGUAGCGGCGCGCGCCCUGAGCGCCCGGAGCCUGCGGCACGAGGGGGAACGUGACUUCGACGUGGAAGACUUGCACCAGCUGGAGCGGGAGAUCCUUAAGGUGGGCGAAAUGAUCCAGGACAUGGAGAUGAAGGUCAACGUGCCCCGCUGGACGGUGCAGGCCCGGCAGACGGCGGGUGCCGAGCUCCUGUCCAGCGCUAGCGCCGGCGUCUCUUCGGUGGGCGGUGUGUCCGUACAACAGCGCAUGGGGCCUUGCGAUCUGAGUAAGGCCCUGGCCGCCACCAUCUUCAGCGCCGUGUUGCUGGCGGCUGUGGCCUUGGCCGUGUGCGUGGCGAAGCUGAGCUGACCCACACUCGACGGUCCCCCGCGGCCACCGCUCCCUCCCUGGAGGCACCCCUUUGGGAACGACCGCCACCGCCUGGACUUGGGAUGGUAGUGGGAUCUGGCAUGUUUAAGGGAAGCGGUUCUAAAACCCUGUGUGUAUAUGUGUAUGUGUAUACGCGCAUUUCAAGCACACAUCUGCCUGGUUAGAACAUGGCUUCCUCUUGCUGGCCCGGGAGGAGUUAAUUUUGCGCGGGCCACCAGGGCAUUACCGCUAAUGUAUGCAGAAGCUUUAUCCCCUAUUAAUAGAAAACCGUCCACAGUGACCCGAGAUUCCUCCGAGUUAAUAGGUUACCGCCUGUGCUGCUGGGGCGUGUUUACACUGAGUCUGAGCUUGGUGCCCCCACCCCGUGCAGAGUGAUUCCCAUACUCUGCUUGGGGCAGUUUGGAAAAGAGGUUGAAGGGAAAAUAAGUGAAAAGGUGGCUGUGUUUGACAGGGGGGGAGUGUGUGUGUGUUUGUGUGUGUGUGUGUGUGUUGGUUUUGUUUCGUGGGCAAGAAACAAAUUGCAGUAAGAGGUAAGCAGUUUUUAUAACCUUAAUCCUUUGGGGCCUAAUCUUAGGAGAGUGUGCAAAUAGAAGUUCAUGCAAAGUGCUUUCUUAUAGCACACGAGUACACACUUCUGCGCACAUUUGCCUAUUGAAAAGGGCUCCGCCCAGUCAGCUAGGGAGGGGCGCAAGCUUUGGGAAGGGCCACAAGCUAUCUAAACAGGCGCUUUCUCCUUGACAGGGGCUUAUUUUUGUUCCAGAACUAGACCAGAGUUUUUGAUCCUCCUUUGGGGGAGGGCCGGGGAAUCCUCUUUGGAGCCCUUAAUCCUGUCUAUCCCUUAGAAUUUGCUUGCUGGCCAGUAGGAGAGCUGGCUUUGGAGGGAUCUGCACAGCUCCCUGACCCUGACACUGCCCCCUGAGAGGAUCAAGUGGCAUCACUGGACACAUAGGUUUUGAGCCAAUUAGCCCUGAGACUGGGUUGGAAUGUAGCAAUUUUAACUUUGAAUUUAAGAAGCAUUUUUUUAAAUAAUCAUCAUUUGAAAGAAAAAUCACAUGACCACAUUGUGUGCUAUCAAAGAUGGGGUUUUUUUUUUAACAUUUUUAAAUUUAUAAUCAUUUUACAAUGUUGUGUCAAAUUCUAGUGUAGAGCACAAUUUUUCAGUUAUACAUGAACAUAUAUAUAUUCAUUGUCACAUUUUUUUCUCUGUGAGCUACCAUAAAAAGAUGGUUUUUUAAAUAAAGGACAUUUGGCCAGGAAUUCAUACUGGUGCCAAUGAGUCAAACAUAGUGUCUUCACUUAUGUACUUAGGUUACUAAACAUACAUCUGCAUUUUUAAAAAUCGAUCUUAAGGCAGGAGAUCAUAGCAUAAAUUACUGGAACCACAGACGUAGAUGACAGACGUCAAGUGACCUCAGCCUCUUGUGGGCAAUAAAUCAGGAAAUGUGGAAAACACCUUAGGUCCCAGGCAGGAAUUUGCCUGAAUAGCACCAUCACCUCCUACCUGUGGUCCAGAGAGCGCAUUGUUGGGGAAGAAGAGCUCAGAAAACAGAUGCAUUUAACUCUAAAUGUAACUUGGGAUGAAACCUAGAGAUUGAUUGCUGAAAAGUGAUAAAGAAUUUCUAUUUUUCCUCUGUUACCUGAGAAGAGAAAAAUGGGACCAGAAGGGAACUGGCAGUUUUUCACAAGGGCAGUUUGGAGGCCAUGGGGCAGAAGCAAUUAGGAGCAGUAGUGCUGUCUGGGCACCCAGUCCUAAGGGGCACCCCCCCCCCCAGCAUCAUUUGCCCACUCCUCCUCCACCUCAGCACACACAUUCCAGUCCUAUGGAUAAUGAAAGCACAGAAUCUGUCUUUGAUAAUGGUUUUAAAAGACCCACAAAGUCUUAAACUGAUUAAAAGUUCUACAACAAUAUCUAAUAAAAGGAACUCCUUCUGCCUCAGCCAGUCUGAGUGACUCUAAAUUGGGCCAUGUCAAACUUCUUUUUGCACCUGCCUUCCCAAGGUACCUUCAGAAAUGACAUAGAAAGGUUUCUAACUCCCGGCUCCCUCAUCCUACACACAACACAACAUGGAAUUGCUGUCACCUUCCCCAAAGUCUCAUCUCUCUCAGUCAAGAGAAGGCUGGGGCAUAUUGUGACCCAGUGUUGGAAAAUAUCCCUAAAAACCAAGCCCUAAAUAUUUUCCUUACGUUUCUAAGACUGUGACUCCCUGUUCUUAUCAAGGUGUUUUUGUUCGUGAAAAAAACAAUUGUCCAUCAGAACAUAUUAGGAAAACAACCCACCAGAAGUCGUGUAAUCCAUAGGGAGCAGUUGGGACACACAAAUGUCUUUGUUUUCACUCUUUCCAAUCACUUGGCAGAGCCUUGGAUUAUUUACUUAUAUGUGAGAUCACAUGUGUACCUGAUUCUGGGAGUCCUCUGCUCAUGGAAAUUAGUGAUAAAAUGUUGCACACACAUACACACAAGGCUGAAUUACAAUACACGUAUUUAUCCUAUGGACCUGCUAACCUAAACAACUCUUGGAAAAUUUUAGGCAUUAGUAGUAUUUGGCAUUAUGUGGAGGUGUAACAUUGCGUACUAGAACUUUUGCUAUAUUAUGUGAGCAAAAUCACUUUUGGCUUGAGUAACCAUAGAGUAAUCUCUAACAAUAUCUCUCUAUUCUCACUUCUAUAAAUAAUUCCAGAGGUUGUUUUCUGGUAGAAACCUCAUUCAAUUUAGAUGUUUGAUAUCAAAGUCAUUAAUUUUCUAAAACUAUUUGAUAUGAUCUUAUACCAUGAUACAAGUGAUUUUAAAAAGUUCCAAAUGUUUAAUAUAGGGUAUAUAUGAUGUGGUCAUCGUUAGAAUGUACUUUUCUACAAGCUAAAGGCUAGAUCUUUACCUCAAAAGUUAAGUGCUAUUAUAAAUCUCUUGUAAAUACCUGUAAAGAGAAAAUCUUGGCUUCUCUUCUGGGAAAAUAGCACAGCUUUAUCUGAUUCUGAGAAGAUGAAAACUUGGAAGGUCAAGGCAUUUAUCAUGGGAACUUUCAACUAUUGUCAUUAGGGGGAAAAAAAAAAGAAAAACUUAAUGUUUGUAGAAGAAAGAAAUGCCUGGCAAAUUCUUUUUUAUGUGCUCUAAGAAUGUAUGCUUUUAAAUACCACAAGGGAAAAUAUUUUUGGUAAGUCAGGUUAGAGAAGAAACUUCCUGUUUGACCUGUUUUAUAGUAAGCGCUGUGAAGACGUGCAAUGUUGCAUGACUAAGAAGCAAUUUUGGUUGAAGGGAGUUCUGGUUUGCAUUAGGAACCUGAUAGUGGUACAUUUUCCUUUUCAGUGUGCAGGUUGAUGCAGUUUUAGCUACACAGUUGCUUUUCAGAGUGCAGUUCUCUGUUCGGUAAUGAAUGGUUGUUAAGGGUGAGCCAGCCCCAUAGUGUGAGCGAUGUAUGUCAGCCUGAGAAAUAAAAGCAGUGGAGGACUCAAACCUCUGUGUUCCUUUGGGGAGAGCGUCCUCCAGCAAGCCAGGACCAGCUGUGAUGGCAGAGGCUCUGCUAUUCUCUCCAAGUACCUCAGACAAGUCACUGACCUCCCUGUGCUUCACUUGCCUCAUUUGUGAAAUGGGGGAGGGGGGUUUCCUGACUGAUUAACUCAAAAGUUCUCUUCCAGAGCUUUUAACAGAAUGCAAUUAAACAAGAAAGGUUAUUUUGUUUGGAUUGGGCGGGGAGGGGCUGUUACUGUUGGUUUUCGUACAAACUGAAAUCAAAUCUGACAAUUCGGAGGUUGUUGUCUAAAAUUAAUCUGUUGGUAAAAUUCCAUAUGAAUUUUAAAAACCAGGAUGAACUAAGCUUACUGUGAUUUUGGUCCAUCUCAGAAUUAGUGGCUGGGGUUAAAAGCAAAUUUGUGCAAAUGCUACUUAUUUAUUAGUAUUUAAAAGAGAUUAAGAAUUUAAAUUCAGACUCUUAAGUCUGAGUCCAAGAAAGCCUAGUGUGUAUUAAACAAUUUGUUUUACCCAAGCAAUCUAAACUGACUCGGGUAAAUUACAGAUGUGAAAUCAUGUCAUUUGUCAUGGAGGCUGGGAAAAUCCUAUUCUGUACGCAGCCUGGUACCCUCAGAACUAUAACUUCAUUGGCUGUCUGAUGUUGGGAAACUACCACAGCAUGGGUUGUUGUGUAUGUGGCAUCAGUUCUUAGUUGGAAUUGAGGGCUUCACGUCUGCUGUUUGAAUGAUGCUUCUAACCGAAAUGGUUAUUAAUAAAUAACAAAUCAAAGAUAAAAUGCAGCAUUUAUAACUUAGUUGGAAAAGGCAGCGUCAAAUGAUUCAGCUAUCAACUAUUACGGUUUUUUUUAAAUGUUCUGAACCUUCUUCGUGCACAUUUGAAUUGAAAUAAAUGUCCUAGUAACAUAUCUACCCUUCACAGAUUUAAUUAUUUAGAGAUGUUCAGAAAUACUCCAGGAUUAUAAAUCUCCAAGUGCUUUUCUACAAUACAAUUAUAGUCAUCUUUUAAUGCAAGAUGGAAUCUGGGAAGAAAGUAAGUCUCCACAUGAGCCAUCUUUGUGGUCAACAUAGACCAAAGUCAUGUUCAAGUACUAUUUCCUUGGCUGUUAGGAACUGACCAAAGGUGCAGGGACUGGCCACAUGCUGCAGCCCUGUGUCCUUCAGGACAAGGUGGAUUUCUGGAAAAGCAUUCCUCUCUUUGAUUUACUUUUCAUCUCAUUCCACAGAGGAUUCUGGGUUUUCACUGUAGUACUGUGAGAUCUUGGGCAUCCUUCUUUGGUGUUUCAGUUUAGAAUUGUAUAACCUUAAGGCUUAUAUGACAAAGGUAAAUAAGCCAAAUGAGAACUCCUGUUGGCAAAAUGAUUUUUAAGAGCCCUUUUAAUAUGCUGUUAUCCAAAAGUAAAUGUGAAUGUCUUUUGUCUGCAGGUAUGUUAGGCAUAUAGAAAAGAGCUAUGAGGAAAUACACAGACGUGAACGUGUUUAAGGUGGUGGUGGGAUUAUGAAUGAUAUUUUUCAAUAUAUUCUUAUUUCAUAUUGUUAUAUUGUUUUUACAGUAAAAGUUUGAAUGCUCUUAC